UGUAAUAGUUUUGCUAUUGAAAUAGGUACUACAGCAAAAUCAACGAAUUGCAUUGAGCUUUUAUAUGAGCACCUACUUAAAUUUGCACUUGUUGCUAUAGGAAAUCAGCUGUUUUUUGUUUUGGUUUGCAUAAGGAAGCACACCGCUUGAGAGAAUCCCCGAAAGACCCGACAACGAGAUGAAGUUCGGACGCAACGGAAAGCUUUUAUGGAACCUGACCAAGAGCUCGCUUGGUCAGCAGUCCCAGAAUGGCAUUGCCAAGAAGGCGCUACCCGCCAGCAGCUACAGCACCGCCCAGAAAAUCGCAGCCUUGGAGCAGCCAAACCUCCUGAAAUACCACGUUCUGCCGCUAGAGGAAACGCUGAACCGCUUUAUGACCACCGUGGAACCCUUGCUCACGCCCGAGGAACUGGAGCAGCAGAAGGGAAUCACCGCCGAGUUCUUGAAGAAUCAGGGACGCGACUUGCAGCAGCUCCUGGAGGAGACCGGCAGCAAGGAGAAGAACUGGUUGGCUCACCGCUGGCUAAAAGCUGCCUACCUGCAAUAUCGGGAUCCGGUCACCGUCUUCGUGAGUCCAGGCAUGACCUUCCCCAAACAGGACUUUAAGGACUCGCGCGCCUUUGUGGACUACACGGCCAGGGUAAUCUUCGGAUUGGGUGAGUUCAACGACAUGGUGCAUGCCAACAAAAUUCCCGUUGUGAAAAUGGGCAAGAACGAGCUGGAUAACAGCCAGUUUGGCAAGGUGUUCGGCACCUGUCGCAUACCCAGAAGGGGUACAGACGAGAUCGUCUACAACCCCAGCUCAGAUUACGUGGUGGUGAUCUACAGGAACCACUUCUAUCAGCUGAAAAUAUACGGCAAGGACGGAAAACUUAUUGCUGCCCCAUGCCUAGCUGCCCAGCUGGAAAACAUAAUGCAGAAGGAAACAAACGUGGGAGUUCCCUUUGGUAUUCUGACCACCGACUCGAGGGACAACUGGGCGGAAGCCUAUGAGUAUCUGUCAGAUUCGCCGGGAAACAGGGACUCCCUUAAGAUCAUUCAGAGUGCUCUGUUCACUGUCUCGCUGGACGAGGCUACCCCCUUAAAGGACGGUGAAGAGGCCAACGAACUGAUCCUAUCGCUGAUCCAUGGAAGCGGCAGCAAAACCAACAGUGGAAACCGAUGGAUGGACAAGACUAUUCAGUUGGUAGUAAACCCCAACGGAAAUGUUGGAUUCACCUACGAGCACUCGCCGGCUGAAGGACAGCCCAUCGCAAUGAUGAUGGACUAUGUGGUGCAGAAGAUGAAGGAAGAUCCCAACUUCGGUGACAGCGGCUCGGAGGACUUCACUCCCGCACAGAAAUUACUGCUUUCUUCAAGUAACAAAAGCCUGGAGAAAGCAUUGACAGCCGCUCAAGAAAACGUCGACAAACUUGCCGACGCGCUUCAGAUGAAGGUUCUCAAGUUCGACGGGUUUGGCAAGGACUUCAUUAAAAAACAGAGACUGGGCCCAGACAGUUUUAUUCAGAUAGCGCUGCAGCUCGCCUUCUUCAAGAUGCACUCUGAACCACCCGCGCAAUAUGAGUCCGCACACUUGCGCAUUUUCGAUGGCGGCCGCACGGAAACCAUACGGUCGUGCUCCAACGAAUCCUUGUCCUUUUCCCGGGCCAUGCAGGAUUCCAAUGCCACAGACCAGGAGCGGGCUAGGAAGCUUCGAGAGGCAGUUACUUCCCAUCAGACGUACGCCAAGCUAGCUCUCCAGGGAAAAGGAGUCGAUCGUCACCUGCUAGGGCUGAAGUUAAUGGCUCUGGAGAACAGCAAGCCCGUUCCAGAGUUCUUUAAAUCGCCGGGUUUCGUGAAGUCGAGUCACUUCCGCAUGUCCACCUCACAGGUGGCUACUAAAUACGAUGCUUUCAUGGGCUAUGGACCGGCGACUGACGAUGGAUACGCUUGCUGCUAUAAUCCUCGUGAUAGCGACAUCAUUUUGGCCAUAUCUGCUUGGCGCCAUUGUCCAAUUACGGAUCACCUAAAAUUUGCCAAGACCCUUGAGCAGUCAUUUUUCGAAAUGAAGAAUGUCCUAGAAAAGAAUCCUCCUGAGCCCAAAUCCAAGUUGUAGAGUUUCAACAUACAUUUUUAGAGAUUUAUUAAGCUUUGAA